AUGGAGGGCGCCUUCACCCAUGUUGGGAAUCAUUUGAUAUCCGACUCCGCUGCUGCCAUCAAAGCUGGAGCCGAUGACCUUUCCACGAUCGACCCUGACGAGAGCUUACUCUAUGGCAAAUAUGAAGAUCGUAAUGGCCGCCGCCGAGCCGAUGAUGAUGAUAACCAGACCGAGGUUUUUGAAGAAGACGACAAUGAUAGUCUCAACAGUGUCCCGAUCGACGGACUGACGGGACUCAAACUAAAAGGCCAGGAUGAAGAGAAAGAACUCCCAGCCCAUGCCUGCGCUGCGAGAGGCAACGGCACCUCGACCCACAUUGUGAAUCAUCUUGUUCGAGCUCGCCAUAAAGAGGUUCAACUCCACCCUGAGUCUACGCUGGGUGAUACUGUACUCGAAUGCUAUAACUGCGGAACCAAAAAUGCUUUUCUCCUGGGCUUUAUUCCAGCAAAGUCCGAUACUGUUGUCGUCCUCCUCUGCCGCCAGCCUUGCGCCGCCAAUACCUCCAACAAGGACAUGAACUGGGAUACAUCACGAUGGCAACCCCUCAUUGAAGAACGAGCUUUUCUGCCUUGGCUUGUCGCGACCCCCUCCGACUCCGAACAGCUCCGAGCCCGCCACCUUACGCCCAAUAUGAUUGCCAAAUUGGAGGAGAUGUGGAAGAUCGAGCCUAAGGCGACAGUGGUUGAUCUUGAGAAGGCAGCUAGUAUUGAUGACGACCCUCAACCUGUCUUGCUAAACUAUGACGAUCCUUAUCACUACCAAAACAUUUUUGGACCUCUGGUCAAAAUGGAAUCCGACUACGACAAGAAACUAAAGGAAGCGCAAUCAGAAGAUGGGCUCCUCGUGCGCUGGGACUACGGUUUGAACAAUAAGCAUCUGGUCAGCUUCAACCUCCACAAAAUCGAAUCCGGAGAUGUUAAACUUGCUGUUGGUGAUGAAAUGCGCCUGCGUUACAAGGGCGAGCUGCGAUCUCCUUGGGAAGGGGUCGGUUAUGUCAUCAAGAUCCCGAAUAACCAGUCUGAUGAGGUCACCCUAGAGUUGCGCAAGACUGGAAACGAAAAACUUGUGCCCACUGACUUAUCUCACAACUUCUCAGCAGACUACGUUUGGAAAGCUACUUCCUACGACCGCAUGCAGUUGGCAAUGAAGACAUUUGCUGUCGAUGAUAUGAGUGUGUCUGGUUACAUUUUCCACACAUUGCUUGGCCAUGAGGUCCAGCUACAGGUCAUGAAGACAAACCUGCCUAAGAAGUGGUCUGCCCCUGGUCUCCCUGAUCUCAAUCCAAGUCAAGUUGGUGCCAUCAAGGCAGUUCUUCAAAAGCCUCUGAGCUUGAUUCAAGGUCCUCCUGGAACUGGCAAGACUGUCACGUCGGCUACCAUCAUUUACCACUUAGCCAAGAUGAGCGGAAACCAGGUCCUUGUAUGUGCGCCUUCCAACGUCGCCGUCGAUCAACUCUGCGAGCGUGUUCACCGUACAGGACUCAAGGUUGUUCGUCUCACAGCCAAAUCUCGCGAAGAUGUCGAAUCAUCUGUCAGUUUCUUAGCUCUUCAUGAGCAGGUGCGCAUGUCAGAGCACAACAGCGAGCUUGUCAAACUUUCCCAGCUGAAGAACGAGCUUGGCGAGCUGUCUAGCCAGGAUGAGAAGAAGUACAAACAGCUUACCAAGAUCGCUGAGCGAGACAUCCUCAACAACGCUGACGUCGUCUGCUGCACAUGUGUGGGAGCUGGCGACCCUCGUCUUUCGAAGAUGAAGUUCCGAAAUGUUCUGAUUGAUGAAUCGACUCAGUCGGCGGAGCCUGAGUGCAUGAUCCCUCUUGUUCUUGGAUGUAAGCAGGUCGUCCUCGUUGGUGAUCACAAGCAACUUGGCCCUGUUAUUAUGAACAAGAAGGCGGCCAAGGCUGGCCUUAACCAGUCGCUUUUCGAGCGCUUGGUCAACCUGAAAUUGUCGCCUAUCCGGCUCAACAUUCAAUACCGAAUGCACCCUUGCCUGUCCGAGUUCCCUUCCAACAUGUUCUAUGAUGGUAGUUUGCAGAACGGUGUCACUCAUGAGAAUCGCCUUCGAAAGGACGUCGACUUCCCUUGGCCCGUCGCAGAGAUGCCCAUGAUGUUCUGGUCUAACCUGGGCCACGAGGAGAUUUCUGCCUCUGGAACUUCAUACCUCAACCGCACGGAAGCAUCUAAUGUUGAGAAGGCGGUCACUCGAUUCUUUAAGGCCGGCGUUAAGCCCGCUGACAUUGGCGUUAUCACUCCAUAUGAAGGCCAGCGAAGCUACAUAGUGACUACUAUGCAGAAUUCAGGAACCUACAAGAAGGAAUACUAUAAGGAAGUCGAGGUCGCAUCGGUUGAUGCGUUCCAAGGCCGUGAGAAGGAUUUUAUUGUUCUAUCCUGUGUUCGAUCCAACGACAAUCAAGGCAUUGGGUUUUUGUCUGACCCUCGUCGUUUGAACGUGGCCUUGACUCGAGCCAAGUAUGGCCUCGUCAUUCUGGGCAACCCCAAGGUCCUGUCCAAACACGAGCUUUGGCACAAUCUUCUUGUCCACUUCAAGGAUCGCAAAUGCUUCGUCGAAGGUCCGUUGACCAAUCUGCAGGCAUGCUUGCUCCAGUUCAGCCGGCCCAAGGUCAGCUAUCGUCAAAAGAAUCAGCAACCCCAGUUCGGAGCCGGCAGCUAUUCCAAUGGAGGGCGCUUCAACCCACCUCCAUCUGGCCGAGACUUUGAUGCAGGCUCCAUGGUCUCCUACAUCCCCGACGAUGUGUCUUCCGUUCAUGGCUCUGCAUUUGGAGGUGCCUCUCUUAGCAGCGCAUUCCCCCCCAUGUUCUCGAGCUUCACUCCUGAUCAAUGGCCUGGACUUCCAGGGGUCACUGCCCCAGGCCGAGGCGGGAAGAGCCGCGGACGUGCUACGGAAAGCAUUGCAGGGGAGAGUGUGGCCAACUCCGAAUAUACGGAUGCAUCUUCUAGUGUCAUCGGAGGUAAAGGGGUUGGUCAGGGCGGUGUUAGUCUUGGAGCGGGGCUCCACGACGCUGUCACAGGCAUGCGGCCUGUCUCCUAUAGCCAAAGUGAUCGGCUCAAACAGUAUGUUGAGAGCAAUGGACGCAUGGUUCCGGGCAAUGGGUAUGGACGACGCUUUGACGAUGACGAGAAGAGUGUCAGCACGGCAUUUCAUAGUCAGAUUGGAGGAGGCUACGACUGA